AUGGAGCAUUCUCCCUCUAAGGAUUUGGCUGAAGGCUUGCAAAGUUUCCAUAUAAGUAGUCCUGCGCCGCAGAGGAAUUCCGAUGGUGAGAAGAACCAUUUGAAGCAGUAUUUACUCAAUAAUGAGUUCCCAGAUUCGAAAUUUUUAUCGUACCUUGGUGAUUCUGAGUCUAAGAGCUAUAUCAAGAGGCUGGGUGACUGGUCUAUGAACUAUGGUACCGUUCAACAGCGGUCGAAAUCACCCGCCAAGGGAGACACUAACGGGGCUACCGGGUCGAUUGCAGUGAAGGAAAAUUUGGAACCACCGCAGUUCAAACAAUACUUGCAGAAUAACCAAGCCGCGAAUAGCUCAAAGCAGGAAUCGUACAGAGACCCUGAAUCUGAGCUGAUCCUCACUGCAUCUUUGAAUGAUAUCUCGGGUAUUCCUACCAAUACUUUCAAGAGACAUGAUCACCAUGAAAGAAGACGUUUUUUAAGAAAUAGUGAUACAAACUCUGUGGCAGCGAGCGAAAGAAGUCUAGAUGAAGAAGAUGAGGAUGUGGACCCGGCGCUAGAAGCUCGUGGGGUGUUUGAUAACAUCCUAAAAGUUCAAAAAUCAAACUACGACUUCCAUCAGGAUAAACCAAAAGAUGAGCCUACCGCAAGAGAUUCAGAUGGGACUUCAUCAUACCUUGGUGAAACGCCUUCUUCUUUAUCACCAAAUUUUGGGGUUUACCCCGAGAAGCCAGCCAUCGAUGGGAUAAAGUUAAUAACACCUGAAGAGAUGGGACUUGUGUUCGAUAAUGUCAACGGUGUAUGGUACAAGCCUCCAACUAAGAAUCAGGAUAUUUCGAGCAGUCGAACGAUCGACAAUGGCGAUUCUACCAUAUCAGAGGACCAGCGAAGGAGUGAAAGCGGGAGAUUCAUCGCGACUUCAGCGACUACUAGAGUAGCUAGAAACCAGCCACCUUUACCCAUUGACGACGAAUUUUCAGAAGAAAGAGACGAGGUAGAAGAUGAUACACCAUUGGAUGCACCACAAAUUAAUCCACAAUUCUUAUUAAGAGGCCAUACGAUGAGGAAGAAUAUGAAAUCAGUUGGUAACACAACACAGAAUAUGAUCGGCAACAUAACAACCGCGUCUCAAGUAGAAACUUCUUUUCAACAAAAUAAAAGAGAGUUGAUUGCGGUCCUAACAGACGUUAUAGCACCUCGUAAGGUGGAUUGGAAACAGUUAUCGAGUAUUAAUUUACAAGGAGCCAAUUUGAACCAAGUCAUGGGCUUGGGCGAGAUUUUACCAAGAGUAAUCGAUUGCAACCUGAAUGACAACAAUUUAAGAGGUUUACAAGGAAUACCGCCAGGAACCAUACGACUUACAUGUCGAAACAACCAGUUAUCGACCUCGUACUUCAACCUAGACGGACUACCGCACUUGGAAACCGUUGACCUCUCACACAAUUCUAUCGGCCACAAUCUCGGCCUACUUGCCAACUGUACCCACCUUCGAGAAGUGGAUUUAUCGCACAACAAACUCAAGUCUCUGGACGGAAAUCUGGGACCCUCCAGAGUCCUCAAACUAAACCUAUCGCAUAACAAGAUCUCCGGGAUAAUAGACUUUGCCCAAUUAAUCAAAUACAGUCAAGAAAGCGAAGCCGGAUGGACCACCAUCGAAGAACUGAAUCUCAGCAACAACAACAUAACAUCAGUCAAGAACGUCCGGUGUUUACCAAAUUUACGAGUACUUAAACUCGACGAAAAUCCCAUAGCAGAACUUAUAGAGCCCAACGAAAUCACCAAUCACAAUUUAAAGACGCUAACUAUAACCAACACACAGGGCGCAUUAACACGCAUAGGUCAAAAUCAACUUCCUUACCGCCGACUGCGCAUACUAAGAACGGACUGUUUUCCACAGCUCGCACAAUGGCGUUCCAUGCCGCGAAGCCUGGAAGAACUGGUUCUAACAAACGGAACAACAGAAAAACUACUACCAUGGCAAAUCCUACCGAAUGCGCUAAGAAGACUCGCGAUUACAAAGAUCCAAGGUCUGAAAGAUCUACCUUCGGAUUUAGGAGCACUAAUACCGUGCUUACAAGAACUCGACAUUUCGAACAACCAAUUGGAAAGUUGCUACAAGUUGAUCGAAGCGCUUCCAACGCUAUGUCUAGUAAGACUGAAUCUAAAGAACAAUCCCAUAUGUUCAACAAAGCGAGGAUCAAAACAACAACAGCUAGUCGAAGUUAGCCGUAUGGCGUGUCCCCGACUUAAAGAACUGUUAGUUUAG